ACCUCAGUGGUAACAAGUAAUUUAUUGAAAAGAUCCAUAAACCAAUGCUUAGUGUUAAAAAUGAUGUAGCAGGAUGCGAAUAGGUUCUUUACGCCGCGGAAUACCACAGCACACUUUGCCUACUAAUUCAUGAAUAGUAUGAUGCCUCGUUUCAAUUUCAUACUUUUUCGUUGUUUCGUUGUUCAGAUUAUCAUUUUAUGUGAAUUUUCUGUACGGACACAGAAUACGUAUUUUCGAUCAUCAACCUAUGUACAGGUUCCUGAGGCAGACGACAGGGAACCAACAGAGGGAAUUCUACAUGACCGCGUGAGUGUCGUUAGUUUAGAAGGAUGUGGUGUGUCGUGCAUGUCCAACGAUCAGUGCUUUUCGUUUUUCCAUAACCCAACACAAGAUAGGUGUAUCUUAUCAUCAAUCCUGUAUAACUCGUCAUUUCGUGUGACAUUGGGAUUUUCGCAGUUUAUCACAAAAGAGUGCAUUCAUUCAAAAGCUGGAUGGGAAUACAUCGGAAAUCGCCGCACUACAAAAUAUGGACUAGAGUGCCAACGAUGGGACCAGCAGAGUCCUCACACCCAUACUUACCAAAGCCUGGGGAACCAGGAGAACUUCUGUAGAAAUCUAGACAAGGAUAGAGAAGAAGAGGCUGGUCCCUGGUGUUUCACCGUGGACCCCGGCACACGGUGGCAGUCGUGUGGUAUUCCUCUCUGCUAUGAUUUUUCAAGAAACUGCAAGAAAACGGCAAACGGAGUGGAUUAUUAUGGGAGAACCAAUGUGACCAAAUCAGGGAGUCCCUGCAAUUACUGGGCGGAUACCUCCCAACAAAACCACACCUACACGUUUCUGGACGACCAGUUCAACUACUGUAGAAACCCAUUUGGCGAUGACAGUGACCCAUGGUGUUAUUCCGAUACAUCCUGGGAUUACUGUGACAUACCGAUGUGUAAUUGAUGAAUAU